AUGGAACGAACUUGCACCUCUCUGUUGGCCAAGAAUCGCAAACGCACUAAGCGGCGUGGCUCCUUCCGGGCUAAGACGGAUGCCCCCGUCCCUGGGACUCUGGGUGAAGCCCUGGUAGCCCACCAGCCUAGCCCCGCGCCGGCCGCCAGGGCGCGAGCCUCAUUACUGGGUAUUCAGGCCGCUUCGGCUGCGCCCAGCGACGCCCCUGAGCAAUGA